AUCCUGUCUCAAAAAAAAAAAAAAAAAAAUAUCACUAUAAUGAGUGGUAAGAAAGUUUAAUCCAUUAAAAUUAUGCAAAACGUUAUCUAGAUAAUGGUUAUUUCACUACCCAUUCUACAGAUACAUGAAGAGUAGAAGCGAAUCAGAUUUAAAUAGUGGAGGAAACGGUAUGUGUAAAGGCCUGAAGAGAGAGAGAAUAUGGAAUUUCAAAAUCUGUAAGGUGUUUGGUAUACCUGAACCAUUUAGAGUUUUGAGGGUAUCUAAAACAGCUGAACCUGAAAAGGUAGAAAGAGGUGAGAUUAUGAAAUGUCUUGUAGAUCAUGUUAAAGAAAUUUAGACUUUUUCUUGAGAGAAAUGGGAAACUAUUGGACAGUUUUAAAGGUGGAUAACAAUCACAUAUUUUAGAAGGAUCAUUCUGGCAGCAGUGUGGAAAAUGGAUUGAUGGCAAGGCCAAUUGAGGGGCCAUGGUAGUAAGGCAAGUGAAAGUUGAAGUCCUGGUGGAGGGGAUAGAGAGCAGUAGGUGGAUUACAGAGGAAUUUAGAUGAGACUUGGUGAUUUAAUGGAUGUUUGUGUAUGGAGAUGGUUUAGUCGAUGGAGAGUGAGAGAAUGAGGAAUUGUGCUUGACUCCCAGGAAUAGGCAGAUGGAUAGCUGUGCCAUGAUGAAAACUCCAUCUAGAAGCGUUAAGAAUGAGUAUUAGCCAAAGAUGAGCAGGUACUAACUUUGUGUUAGAAACUAAUAAAAAAUAAAUUAGUGUUUGCUAAUGAAUGUACAUAUAGUGAUCUCAUAAUCAUCAUUACCAUAAAAUAAUUACAUGUGAUAUGCUUUGUAAUUUAUCAAAGCUAUAAUUAACAUUACCUUAAUUGAUCCUGUGAUAUUUUUCAAUGUAACAAAUUAGAAAAUCAAAUUGCAGUUUAAAUACUUUCUUAAGGUCUCUAAUUCUAGACACCAGAGUAGCAAUACUAAAACUCAAGCAUCUUAAUACCAAGGCUACUAGGCACUAUGUGUUGGAAUUAUCACCAUUAUAAUUAUAAUCAGUGGCCAAUUUAUUGAAAAUUCCCCUUGUGCUAGAGACUCUGAUGAGCACUCUUGCCAUAAUUUAAUCCUUAUAGUUAUUCUAAUGAAGUCAGUAUCUUAUCUCUAUUUUACAAAUGAAGAAACUUAGAUUGAGAGAUAUAAAAUAUGUUCUAAGGUCUCAAACACAUUAAUUAAAUGGCAGAAUUGAGAUCUGAUCACCCAAAUCUGAUGACAUACAUAGUACAUAUAAUUCAAGCCAACCUGCUCCCAACACCAUCUAUUAGGCAUACUGUGGCCAUAGUUCCUCAAUAAAUGGCAUAAUAUAUAAGUGAAAGAUAUAUUUACUGAAUCUACUCUCUGGAUGUUAAUUUGGAUUUUUGGUUCACAUUAAUUGUGACCUUUAUAUAAUCAAUCAUGUUGAACAUGUGAUCAUUAAUUCCAAUUUUAAGGCUAAAUAAUUGAAUUUGCUUUGCUUUGAUCUGUAAACUUGGAUCAUUAUAAACAUUGUCUAUAUCUGUAAGAUGUAAAUAACUUUAAGAUAAUUAUACUGGUCAAGAUAAACCAUGUUAUGCUGUCAUAACCAACAAUCCCUAAAUCUCAGUGGCUUUAAAUGACAAAGGUUCCUUUUCACAUUCAUAUUACAUGUUCAUUACAGGUCAGUAGGCAGCUCUGCACCAUUGAGUGUUCUGACUCAAUGACCAGGUUUCAAUUCAGAAAUGUUGUUGGCCACCAAGGCAGCGGAGAGGAAGAAUAAAGAAUCAUGCAUCAAUCCUUAAAUUUCAGGUAGAAAUGACAUAUUUCACUUCCAUUCACAUUUUAUUUGCUAAAAUAUGUCACAUGACCAUGCCCAAUUUUAAAGAGCAGGAAAAUAUAAUCUUAACCAUGUGCCUGGACAGAAGAGAACUAGAAAUAUGUCUACUCUAGAAACUCAUGGCAAUUCCAGCUGUUAGGCAAUUUCAUAGUGAAAGAAUUUCCAGGAUCAAAUAAGUUAGGGAAACAUUGAAUUAAACAAAGUUAGAGAAAUUUUCUAACUAUAAGACUUCUCUGAGCCCUUUCUAUAUUAACAUGCAUUAUUAAUCUCAAAGAGACUAUUAACAUAGGGUCCUUUCUUUAUCUUCAUUUUCCAAGACCAUCUGCAAAGACUCAUAUCUUGAAGAAAUAGUACCCUAAGGCUCUACUUUAUUAGAGCUUUUUAUGGAAAGAUGAUAGGAAGAAAAAAGGAAAGGAAAGAAUGAAGAAAGGAAGGAAAGAAAAAGACUCCAGAAGUACAAAUUUAUUGCUAGUUUUGAAAUUGAGAGUUGUACAGAAAAACCAUCCACCGUAGCUAAUCUCAACCAAAAAAUAACAUUUUCUAUUCCCUUGCUCAUGACAUUGUUAAUUUAUUGAGUAUUUAUUAAGCAUCAUAUACUAUGAUAGGUGCUAUACUUAUGUUAAUUCAUUCCAUCUUCAUAAUAACAUUAUAAAACACAGAUUAUUAUCUCUUCACAGAUGGACAAUCUAAAACUCAGAGAAAACAAUCAUAUAUUGUAUCCCCCCAAAUUCAUAUGGUGAAAUCCUAACUCCCAAGGUGAUGAAAUUAGGUGGUGGGAUUUGGGGAAGGUGAAUACUUCAUGAGAGCAGAACCCUCAUAAAUGGGACCAGUGCCCUUAUAAGAGACCCCAGAGAGUCUUGCCCCUUCUACCAUGUGAGGACACAGUGAGAAGUUGACAGUUUGCAACUCUGAAGAGGGUUCUCACCAGAAACUUCCCAUGCUGGCACCUUCAUCUUGGACUUGCCAGAAUUCGGGAUGGUGAGAAAUGUCUUGUUAUAAGCUACUCAGUCUCUUGUAUUUUGUUAUAGCAGCCCAAAUGGACUAAGACACAUAUAAAAAGCCACACAGACACUGAGUUACAAAUGACAUGAAUAAGAAAUGUCACCUUCCAAACAAAAAGGAUGAAGUGCUCCAGUGACAGGUGCAAGCAGCAAGCUAGCUGGUCCGAAGAUGAAAGAUUUGUUUUCAUUUUGAUUGUGCUCUCUGGUUGGACCUUGAGGUAUGCUGAAAGAGUGAUGUUUGGGGACCUGAAUGGAGAGCCUUAAAUGCCAGAUCAUCUGGAUUGUCUUCUGUAGGCAAUGGCAAGCCACUGAAGGUUUCUGAGGUGGGAGUAACAUAAUCAGACAAUUGAAGCAAGACUUAGAAUUCCAAGUUCAGAAGAGCUCUUGAGCAAUUCAAUUCAACCCUCUCAAUUUAUAAAUGCAGAAAAUAAAGCUCCCAAUUCCAAAGCUCCACAUCUAGGCCUUUCAUCAUUGUCAUUAGCUUUUUCAUUUGGGUAACUUACCUAGCUGAUUAGCUUGCCUCCAUUUGGUCAUAGGGUGAGCUCAAGUCUUGCAUCUGCAUCCCAAAUUAAGAUUAACCCUGAUGAGGUAUUAAGAGCUGGCAGAAGAGGGGAUUAUUUUGAGCCUAGGGAAAUCAAGUGGUGGUGAUAGCAGGAUUCAUACCACAGUCCAUCUGACAUCUAGGGUAGGGAUUGUCCCUUUGCUGCAUAUUUUUCUCUUGAGUUGUGCAGAAGCUCAGUCCAUAGCCACUGACCAUAUCUUUUCUGCAGUGCUGUGUUAAAACUGGCAUUUGUCAAGAUAGGCUAUAUAAGUCUCCAAAGAAGGGAAGAAAUUUGACAAUACAUGGCUGAAUAGUUGCUGAUGCUGUGGAUGUGCUAGGCAUGGUGAUGCAGAUGUCCCUCUGCAGUUGAUCAAAGACUGAUUUUGACCCAUCAAAAGAUGGAGUAGUUGUUUCUGGUGACAAAACCAUUCCUGAUUCUUUGGUCCCUUUCUUAGCAAAUGGCCCCCCCCCCCACACACACACCUUCUUGUUGUGCAAGCCAGAAAUCUAGGUACCAUUUUUGAUGGCUGUCUGUUGCCCCUGAUACUCAAUCAAUACCAAACCAUCCUAUCUUUUGAAUACACAUUUGCCCUAUCCUUCCUCUCUGCCAUGGCCUCAAGUUUAGGCAACUAUCAUAUCUCAUCAAAAUUACUGCAACAGCCUUUCUCUGUUUCUCCUGCCUCAAGUCUUGCCUCCCUUAAUCCAUUCUUCAUAUUACAGCCAGAGUGAUGGAGAAAAGAUUCUUUUAAACAAUUUUUUGUCAUUUUUCAGAGUCAGAGAAUAUAUUAUUUUGUUUUCCAGCUUCCCUAUAGAAGAACAGUCAUUUCGCAAUCAAGAAAUCAAUAGUCAAGAAGUAUUGGUGAUGUGAUCUUUGCCACAGAUGGUAGUGAUUUUUUUCCAACCAGGGAUCACAAAAAUUCCACAUAAUUUAAACAAUUAUUUGUUCAACUUGCUAAAAACUGAGUCAACAGCUCUUUAAGAUCUCAAACUCCAGCAUUCUCAGUUUAGGUAAGAGCUUUUUAAGAACUAGUGUUUUUGGAGGUUUUCCUAAAAGAGAAAUUUCUUUAUUUAGUUAUUUGAGAUUAUGGAUUCAGCUUACUAGUAUCAUAGAAAUAUGUGUUGAGAAAGGUAUACCCAAGUUAUAGGUGAAGAAUGACCAGGAAGAUUCCAGUUUAGAGAUGUUCAGAAUUCUGAAGAGAAGUUAUCUUUCUAGUCUAUGCUGAUGGUGAGGGAUGAAGUGACCAACAAAUAUUGACUGUUUUUUGCAUCAAACUGCAAAUACAUUAUCUCAUUAGCUCUAUGACAUAGUUAUGAUCAUCAGCACAAUUUUACAAAGAAGGAUGCUUAAGUAGUUUGCUUCAGAUCCUAGAUCAGGUAAGUGGGGAGCCAGGAUUCAAACCCAGGACUCAAGAACCUGCAUUCUUAGGGGUUAUUUCUCAUGGCUUUGACAUAGAUGUUUGCUUUUAAUACUCACAAAACCCUUCUGCAAUGAGUUUUCCCAUUCUAGAGAUAUGGUUAUGGAGAUUUGAAGAGUUUAAAACUUGCCCUAUGUCACUCAGUAAGUGGCAAGGCUGAAAUUGAAACUUAUCCGUGGCUACUUCCAUGACUUUUCCAUGAUGCCUUCCAAGAGAGCAUCUGUUCCUCUCACAGAUGCAGCUAAUGCAAGAUGAAGGGCUUCCUUUUCACUCUGUUUCUACUGUCUGUCCUAUCUGCCAUGGUGGAAACGAGGAGCAAGGGGUCUGUGCGGCUCUGCGGGCCAGACUACGUAAGAACGGUCGUGUACAUCUGCGCUAGCUCCAGGUGGAGAAGGCACCUGGAGGGGAUCCCUCAAGUUCAGCAAGCUGAGAGAGGAAACGUCUUCCAGCUCCCAAAUAAACAUGAGGUUUCCGAGGAAAACACAGCACGAAACCAUCCGUGGGUGGAUGCCUCAGGGGAGGACCGUCUUCAGGGUGGACAGAUCCCCACUGAAGGGCUUUGGGAGUCAAAGAUCCGAAAGUCAGUGAUGUCAAGACAAGAUUUACAGACUCUGUGCUGCACUGAAGGCUGUUCCAUGACCGAUCUGAGUGCUCUUUGUUAAGGCAAGAGCAAAUAGCCAAUGGGCGGCAGAGCUUUUGCACAUGUUUAAUCACAGUGCUUACUGCCUGGUAUAACACUUGUAUUGUGUUAUUAAAAGGAUGGCUUUUGGGUAGGCAAUCCUUCUUUUCUAAAAGGUGUGGAUGAAUGGUUAAAACCAUUCAAAAUAGACAGUGAAGUCUAUUUUUUCCCUUUGCCAAGGUGAAUGCUCUGUUCUUUUCAAAUUUUAACUAAUUCUUUGAAAUUUCAAAUGCUGUGCAAAAUUGCAAUAAAAACACUAUAAAUCAAGCUGUGAUAUUUUUUUUUCUUUUAAAAAAAUUAUAAAUAAGUUUUAACAGUAAACAGAAAAUGCUGGUGGAGGAAAACCUAAAAAAUAUGCAUUAACAGGAAAUAGAAAUCAGCUGUUAUCUCAUCAUCCAGAAAUGACCAUUCUCAACUAAUAAUACUGUGUAUUAUUACUGAAAAUGUAAACAUUGAUUCAUGGUCAAAUAUAAGAAUCUAAACAAAGUGCUUUUCUCAGAGGAACUUAGAGUGCUCAAUAAAUGUUUCCUAAUAUCAUGCAGCCCUUCAACAUUCCAUUUAAGAAUAGCUUGGGGGCAUAUAUGUUUCAAUCAGGUCCAUAAACGGCUGGGAGUAUGUUUACCCAGGGUAUGUGUAAGUAAUAAGCUUCUUCCUGUAAUCUGGGCCACCUUGGUUUUGCCUCUUCAUUGCUUUCUAUUAUCAUUCUGUGGAAGAUGAGAAACAAAGAUCCAGAUAGCCAAGUCAUUGUGAUGCAAUUGGAUUUCUUCCCAGAUAAAAAGACAAAAGACACAGUAAGGGUAUCAUAAAACUGUUUUCAUUUCUAACUCUGACAGCCAACUCCCCCAGUGGGUUGUGACAAUAGUUAGAAUCUCUUUUCAUCCAAGUGCUGCUCUUAUUAAUAACUAUAGUCUGUAUUUAAAAUCCAUCUAUUAUAUAUUGGGCACUUAAAUUUUGUCAAGGCAUUGUGCAUGGCAUUUAGACAUUCUCCUUCACACAUUUGUUGCACAAAACCUAUGAGAGUGGAAAGGUACUUACUUUAUCGCCAUUUUGCAGAUUAGGAAACCAAGGCUUAGUAGAAUUAAGUAAAUGUGUCCUAAGUCACACAGCUAAGUGGAUGGUGUUACUGAAUCCAAAUUUAGGCUGUUUAGUAUGAAUCAAGGCAGUCCCACCAAACUGUACUGGUAGUCAAAGUAUUCUUUACUUCCAGGUACUCCCAGUUAAAAAAAAAUGUCUUCACUGAAGAAUGUCCUUGAUGAAGCAGUAAAAUUCAUUUUAUUAAGUCUCUAUCCUUGAGUACACGUCUUACCAAUGUUCUGGGGAUGUAAUGGGAAGACUGCAUGAAGCCUUUGCAUCCUAUUGAAGUAUGAUGGUUGUCCCAAGGAGAAGCACUUGUGUGAUUAAAUUGUGAGCUUAAAACUAGUUGCUUAUUCCAUGAAGACUGAAAAACUGUAGUUAUUCAGAUUUUUGAUAUUUGAAAUUAAAUGAAAUAAGAUUUGAAAAUGAGGUAAAAUUGUCACUUCCAGGAAAACAACUCACAGUAUUUAUUGCUGAUGAUAAAAUAUAACCUUUCAAGCAAUUUUGGGAAACUUUUAUCCCCUAUUAUGAGCAUCAGUGAAGAUAUUAAUGAAUUUGAUUUUUUUAUAUUAUUCAAGGAACUGUAUCAACUUUUGGAAGAUCUGCAUAACUCAGUAAACCAAUGUUUUACAAA